CAGGAGCUGCUUUGAUCCCGCUAAUGAAGAUGUAAAAUGUGAGGUGUGUGGGCUGGAUCAGGAUCUCCUCCUUUCAACAGGCUCAAUCCCAAAUUCACCGGGAAUAAUCGUUUGAAGGCAGGCGGCAGCGCAGCUUCAUCUCUGGGUAACUUUUUUUUUUUUUUUUUUUGGAAUGUAGGACGUCGCUUUUUUUUCUCCAGUUUUUUUUCUCCUCCUCUCCUGUUAAAGCCCACUUUCUCACCACAUGCUCCUGUUUGGAUCCGUCUGACCCUUAUUCUGCAGAAUAAGGAUUUGGCGUUUCUUUGGUGGAAUCGAGGAGGCGGUGGGCGACUGUUCCCUGGUAGGUCUUUCUAAAAGAGUGUUCAGACGAGGUCAGCGCGGAUGGGACUUAAAAGACUUCAGGAAGGGCCUGGUUGGGAGAGGGAGUGACUAUGGACAACCUUUCUGACUUCGGUGGCCCCUGUCCGUCCACCCGCAGGGACUGGGACACCAACAGCUGCGUGGAGGAUGAAGAUGAGAAGGACAGGGCAAAAAGGGCAUCCCGCAACAAAUCGGAAAAGAAAAGAAGAGACCAAUUCAAUGUGCUCAUCAAGGAGCUGUGCACCAUGCUGCAGGGUCAAGGCCAUCCACGCAAGAUGGAUAAGUCCACCAUACUGCAGAGGACUAUCGACUUCUUGCAGAAACAGAAAGACAUCACUGCGCAGAAUGAAACUUGUGAUGUGAGGCAGGACUGGAAGCCUUCGUUCCUCAGUAAUGAGGAGUUCACUCAGCUGAUGCUGGAGGCCCUGGAUGGUUUCCUGGUUGCAUUAACUACAGAUGGCAACAUCAUAUACGUAUCUGACAGUGUGUCUUCACUUAUUGGCCAUUUACCGUCAGAUAUGGUGGACCAAAAUAUCUUGAAUUUCCUCCCGGAGCGGGAACACGGGGAGGUGUAUAAGCUGCUAUCAUCCCACAUGCUGAUGACUGACCCCAUUGCUGCUGACUUCCUUGACAGUGAGGCACAUAUUGAAUUUUGCUGUCAUCUAGCCAGAGGUAACAUCGACCCAAAGGAGCCACCUGUGUAUGAGUAUGUCAAGUUUGUUGGAGAUUUCAAGUUUCAUAACAAUGUGCCUACGUCUUCUUGUAACGGGCUUGAAUUGACGUUACCGAGAAGUCUGCAGUCAUCGCUGGAGGAGCAGGUCUGCCUCAUUGCUACUGUACGAUUAGUCACUCCGCAGUUUCUAAAGGAUUUGUGUAACGUGGACGAUCCUUGUGAUGAAUUCACUUCCAGACACAGCCUUGAGUGGAAGUUCCUGUUUUUAGAUCACAGGGCUUCACCCAUCAUUGGCUAUUUACCCUUUGAGGUUCUUGGAACUUCUGGCUAUGAUUACUAUCAUGUGGAUGACUUGGAGCUCAUCGCCCAGUGUCACAAGCAAUUAAUGCAGUUUGGAAAGGGUAAAUCCUGCUAUUAUCGCUUCCUGACCAAAGGCCAGCAGUGGAUUUGGUUGCAGACUCACUACUACAUUACUUACCACCAGUGGAACUCCAAACCUGAGUUCAUCGUCUGUACACACACUGUCGUCAGUUAUGCCGAGGUGCGAGCCGAAAGGAGGAGAGCGUUAGGUCUCGAAGAGCUUUCUCCGCCUGAGAUAGCUCCGUCCUCUGUGAAGGCUCAGGAGCUGUACUUGGACAUCUGCUCCACACUGGACGCUCCGCGGGACAGAAACAGCGGUGCACGUUCGGUGUCCUCCCACAGCUCCCGGAAGUCCUCCCACACAGCGCUGUCAGACUCUGCAUCAGCUAACUCCUACACCGAUGCCUGCACACCGUCAUGGCAGUCUGCUUCCAUUGGGCCCGAGAAGACGUCCGUCAGACUCCAACCGAGCAGUUCAAAGAAUUUGGCACAAAGACAAAAUUCCUUUGACCUUGUUCCUCAAAUGAGCCUCCCCCUUUCUCCUACCUGCAGCAAGCACUCCGCAAUGCAACAGCAAUCGCAGCAGCAGCAGCAGCAGCAGCAGCAGCAGCAGCAGCAGUCGUCGUCCUCCUCCAUGUAUCAGCUGCAGCAGCCUCAGCUCGGUGUAAUGAACCAGCUGAAGGAGCAGCUGGAGGAGAGGACGCGCAUCCUGCAAGCUGACAUUAAGACGCAGCAGCAGGAGCUGCACGACAUAAAGGAGAAGCUUCAGCUCGCAAAUCUACAGAUGUUGUUACAGCAGCCUAUCCACAAUGAGUUUGGCCAGGCGCAGCAUCAGCAGCAGCCUCAGCAGCAGGGCCCGGGCAGGCCGGCCCAGCAGAGCCAGGGCUCGGGGGUCAUCAGGCAGCUCUCGGGCCACCCGAAACCGCCAGUCUGCGGGUCGCACAGCUCAUCCCCUCACUCACUCCUGAGAGAGAACAGCUCGCCGUCAACGCAGGUCCAGCAGAGAGUUGCCCGGAGUGGGCAGACGCCGGCGGUGAGUUUGCCUGUACAGACGAACACGAGUCUGACGAUGCCCUUCUACAGCAACCCCAUGAUGUUCUCUCAGACCAACACAAGGCCUCAGCAUGAUGCAAACCAAAGACACACAGACAACCAGUUCAGCCAAGAUGGACAACUACGAAUGCUCCUUAACCAACCGAUGCAGACGCUGGUUCCCACGAGCACCUCGCAGCCUUCCCAGUGCAACAUGGGCCUCUCCCAAACCAUAUACACCUUGGAGCAGCAGAUCAUCGCCCCCUCGUUCUCCAUGCAACAGGUCAACUGCAACGCCGUCCUCGUGCCCUCUCCGGUCUUCACGUCCCCCAUAAUGAUCCCACACAACAGCUUCAUGACGCAUCAGUCCCAGUCGGCGUACCAAGCUCAGCCUCAGGCCUCUCAGCACUCCCUGCAGCUCCAGCAGCCCCAGCAGUUCUUUCAGAUGACUCAAGGACUCGUACACGGUGGAUCUACUCCAGCUUUCUUACACGCCACUAAUGUCCCGCAGCAAGGCGCUGUGGGAUACAUUCAGCAGCAGCCGCAAUCGCAACAACUGCCGCUAGCACAGCAGCAGCAGCAGCAGCAGCCGCAACAGCAACAAAGGCAAUACCAACAUUCCCAAAACCAGACUGGCAGCGUUUCAGACUUCCAAAACAUGCUGAAUCGGUAGCGUUGUGGACUCAGUUGGAGCGCCGAGAUCUGCCUCUGUGGCGUGGCCCUGCAGGCGGCAGCACGUUGUGGCAUUUGAAAGUCGAACUUCACGAUAAGUUCGGCAGUGGAAAUGCUUGCAGGUGAAAAAAUUGCUUGUAGUGACCUUACUUCUGAUGUGAAGUUCAGAAGGAGCCGGCCUGUCGGUCGCCAAGAGCGGAUCCACGAGCAGAGGCUGCACUGAGCUGACGUCACCUGCGGGAUCUGAAGAGAGCCUGAGCUGCUGGGCCUUCAUCAGCAGGCCGCGCCGCGCUCAGUCGUCCACCAGUGAAACUGCUGGAACAAGUGGAUUAUCAACAAGCUCUUAAGAAGACACUUUUACAUGUUUACAUGUGGAAGUUUUUGUCUAACAGAGUUUCCUUAUAAGUGUCUGUUUUGCACUUUGGUACCACCCCCUACCUGAAAGUAGAAUAUUUAUUUUUUGCCCAUGAAUUAAUGUUCUAUUUUGUCCACUAAUAACGGUUUAAUAUUGAGAUUACUUUUCCAAUCUACUGCUCGACACCCCUCCCCCAGUGACACAACAUCAUCACCCCUGGUCAGGUUUUUAUUUCCAGUGAAAAUGGUUCAUCUCAUAAAGGGAUUUGUGUACAUGAGAACUCUGCAUCGCUUCAGUUGGCAGACAUCAGAUCACUCCAUUUAUAUCCCCACGACAAUGAUUUACUUACGCGUAUGUUCACGGCGAGUCACUAGAGAGGGGCUUGAUUGUGAAACAUGCACUGGUGAGAUGACCAUCAUAUCAAAAAAUCAGGUUCGGUAAGAGUUUAGAUGGAACAGUGGUAAACUUGGGGUGAUUAUCUCCAGUUACUUGGAAGGUCUAUCUAGAUUUUUAAAGCCUCAAUCUGGGCCUGAAGAAAGGGGUGCUGCGACUAUCCCACCGCUUCUCACGGAGAACGACGACAGAGCUCUGAAGUUGUGCUUUCAGAUGAGCAGCUGUUGCAGCGUGAGUCCUCGUGUGACAAACAGCUACCGGGAGAGGAGGGAAAAAUUGUGCCUUCAGCCACGGUUCAUCCAUGGUGCGGUUCGAUGGUUUUGUCUGAUUACGGCUUUAAAAAUCCAGCUCAGGUCCAUUUGGAAUACAAAGUUCUAUUUUCAUAAGGUCAUAAUUUAUUAUAUUCCUCAUCAGAUUUGAAUAAAAGACAUCUAGAUUUGUAUUGGAUAUAUUACAAAUAUAUAUUGGAUGAUUUUUGCAACCUUUCCACUAAAUAAGUCCCGACUUUGUAAUGAUUCAUGAGAUUCAUUUAUCUAUUAAACCCUAAUGGAAUCAUUUCAUGUUUUAUUUAUUGCAUAUAUAUUUGAAACAAUAUGUGGGAUUAAGAAACUAGUUUUAUACACACAAGUUAGAAUUGAUUUGUUUGUGUUCAUUUAGACAUUGAAAGGUCAACACUGGUCCUUGUGUCUUGCCCAAUCACGGUUCAACUGUCUUCAGCAUGCCGCCCGCUCGUCUGUAUGGGGCUAAUUGUAGUUUUGCACCACAAUACAACAAAACUGCUGCAGAAGUGUGCGCUUGGUGAUUUGAUUAUCUGUCUGUCUGCUACAUGAACAGCAUUAUUCUUUAGUCUGGUCAGUCUUUCUGUUUAUUUGAACAUUUGAGAAGCAAAAAAAAAAAUGUUUUUCUCCAUCCGUGACCGAUAUAUUUACUGAAAUCAAAAAUGUCGCUCGUCGAUAUUUAAUUUACCUUGAGAGUAUAAAGCAGCCUCUACUGCAUAAAACUGCAGCGAUGGCGGCAAAAAAAAUCAGACAUUGAUUGUUCUCACAUCUGGAUCUUGUCACUGUUUGAAGAUGCUGCAGUCGUUUUCAUGCUGUGCUGAUUUUUUUCUAUGACAAUCUUUGGAGUUCAUCGUGUUCUUGGGAGAAACUAUUUUAAUGUUACUUUGGUCAAGGAAAUCUUGUUGCCAUAUGUGCAACUGCUAAUCAGCUCCACCAACCGCACUCCAACACCAGACAGUUGAUUCGACUGUACUCAGACUCAUCUCUGUGGAUUAAAAAAGUUUUCUUUCAUAAAAAUAGUCAAGUCCUGCCUUACAGUGGAUUAGAUGUAACUCUAAGCUGGUAUCGCCUCCACUGCUCGCUGCAGCCUGAGCUCACCAGCUCACCCACAACUCUGGUUAGAUACUGUGAACUACUCUACACAAGUUGUGACACAAUCCAGCCAUUACACGUUGGAGGUUAGCAGGAUGGCUUCCAGGUUGCUUUGGUUUGUUGCAAAGCAUAAAUCUGAAUCCUUGUUUAUGAGAUUGUCAUCUGUACAGUUUCAAGGUGGAAAUGAGCCACAGUGCUGACGGCUUAUUUCGCUCACAGUGUGUCUUCUAGCAUACACAAAAGAAAAGCACCAUAUGGACAUGCUAACAAAGGAAACAAACAAACCUUGAUUUCCCUCAGAGGGGGUCUUUAAAGACGGUGUUGCAACACUGUGAUAAUAGUGUGGUGACGGUUGUUACACAAAGAGGAUUGGAGUGUGUUGGUGAAGCCAGCUUAGCAGUUGAACAAUGUGCAGGAAGAAAACGCCCUAAAGAACAUAUGGACAUCUUUUGUUGAUGACAAUGAGGCAGCAGUCCACUGUAUAGAAACUGCCCGUGUCGCAGUUUAGGCUUAAAAUUUGUUCCCCACGAAAAACACUCACAGCUCAGCGUUUGUGGAAACUGUCACUGUGGAUCUUUUUUGCUACACUUUAUAAAAAAGCAGCCCGUCGUGCUCAAUGCGGCAGUUUGAGACUGGUGCUGUUCAUUCUGGACGACAAGACACAAAUGUCAGUUUCACUUUCAGCAUGUACGUUCAGUGCCGUUUUCCACUUUUCUAUGUGCAAUGUCAAUUUGAAGAGAAGAAUGUUAAUUUAUACUGUUUUAAAUGUUUCAGGACAGAUGUACGAUGUAUAUAGAGGUGUAUAAUAAGCCGUUGUACCAUGUAAAUUAUAUGGAAGUAUUUUUUUAAUGAAAAUGUCCUAACAUUCCUUCAGCUGUUGAUAUCAGCAGUACCUUUUUUUUUUUCUUUUUUCUUUUUUUUUCUUAAAAAAAAAGGUGCAAGAUGUGUCCACUGAAGACUUAUGAUUACGCAGGAUUUUAUCUGCAUGGGAACGUGGUGCAGGGUGUCCCAAACGCCACAUGAAACAUGAUAACCAAACACGGAAACUCUGGAGCAAAGGGUCAUUUGAUCACCGUGAUUAAA